AUGGCUACAGCUUCGAGAUGCCCCCAGGGUAUCAAUGUUCAUGAGUAUCUUGCUUUUCAGACGGUUGCAUCUGGAAAGUCCAGGCGCUGGCUAUCUAUUCUUGCCGAGUUGGCAUCGGCCAACCUGAACUUCUCCAAUGAGGCCACGAUGUUACUCGUCACUCAUCUGGCUCUUCAGUGCGGGCCCCUAGAUGAUUCCAGGAGUGAGUUUCGCAUCAUCCAUGAGGUUUUCCGUGACCGUUCAUUCUGCGAAACCUUCAUAGAGCAAAUAUCACAUCGAUUGGAUAGCCUGGCAGCUAAUUGGAGAGAAAUCUACCUCAUGGAAACCAUCGUCACCUUCACCCUCCGUCUCCUUGACUUUUCUUGGGAAGCACGUAUGCCCAAUAUUUCUGAGCAGGCAAUUUCCCUUUUGCUACGUGCCAGGAACACAUGUGUGCGUUGGUUCAAGCUCCUUCGUGCUGAAUCAUACAAGGUUGUCGAAGCUGAGACAGCACGACGGUUCCAACAGUAUGGUCUUUGGGCUGCUCUGUUAUGCAAACGCACAUACGUCCCUCUGGCUUGCGGCCGUCUUGAAUUCGAUGACUUGUCUCUCGAGAUAUUCAUCCAGAGCAGUAUCACAGUAAAUGACAGCCUUGUGGUUAAGCUGGAGGCGCUUCCCCAGCUCCUUCAGCAUACAAUCAUUCGAGAUAUCCGACUUUCAUAUCGACUUGCCCCAAUUGUGUCGAAGCGAAUUGUUGACGACUUGGAAGUCUUCCGACGAUCCCUCUGUGAGAUGUGGCCGGAGGAAGAAGGAUGUCCUCGAGUUUUCUCGCAAGUGAAAUUGUACCCAGAAGCGCCGGACUGGGUAUUUUGCCGAUCUAGAACAGGCGACAGCGUUGACUCGAUCGAGCAGAACGUUUCAUUCAACUGUGUUAGAGGGCUUCUACUUGUCGAUUGCCAACCGAUGGGAAAACUUCCAGAAGACCCGAAAUAUUCUGUUGUUCUGAACGAACUUUUUGGUAACCAAGCUCUUCUGACAUUUCCAUCACGUCGCCCGGGGAUGCAGUACAGCCUAUGCGUGAAACCAUAUAGAUACCAAGUCCAUGUGGGAUAUGGUAGUGGAACGCAGGAGUUGAUUGUUAGAGCUUUCCGAGGAAACUAUGCACUGCAAUUGAUCCCACGUGAGACCUUUCAGGGCGACUACCCCGAUCUUCCUGGACCCCUUGUGCACAAUUGCUUCCACUGGAUGCACUUGAGAACGGGAGACAUUUUUGUAACCUCCAAGGACAGACCCUGGCCGAAUGAGCCUCACAAGGGGUACAUUUUGAGCCUCAAAGACUGCACAUGUUCGAGGACGCGCCUUUACCGAGGCCUUCUUACAAAGGAUUAUAUUGUCAACCCGUCAAGCCCACUCUUUAAUCGUAUUAGCCGAAUCCUAGACUCGCUUGAAGAUCGCAGCCAGAUCACUGUGUAUCAACCUGGAGGAGACCGGAACCUUACCGUGGAGCUUCCAAGACUCAACAUCGUGUUCUACACUAACAAGAACCGUCUACUUCAGUCGCCUCAGCUGCAAUGCCAAAUCGACAAGGACCAAGAUGCUGGGACCUGGUACGGCCUCCGCAGUAAGCUGGUAUGCACUAGCCUUACCAACCCGAUGCACAGGUCUAUUUUGGUGCCUCUCGGGCCCGUCUCUGCUAGGUCAGAAGGGUGUCAUGUAACAGUGAGGGUCGAACCCUCGGACAAAUUUGGAAGGUUCAAUAUCAACAGCACACUUGGGCGGAUCGACUGUGCACCUGAGCCUACACUGGUUUUUACCAAGGCUCUUCUUCACGCGUGCACAUCUUUUCUUCUGCCCGAUCCUCUGACCGGCCGCACUGGAGCCGAAGAAGCUAUUGAAUGGCUUCAAGCGGGCAUAUCUCAGCCAUGGUCCCCCCUAACCCCACCCUCUAUGUUGGUACUGCACAAGAUAGCUGGGUUAACGCCGAGAAGAGUGUACUAUCCACAAGAUCUUAAGGUUAUGCGUACAGAUACCUGGAUUGAGUCCCUUCCUAUCAUUCUUCAGAACUCGGCAUAUAGGCAGAUUGUGGAUCGUAUCCUUCAGGAGUCUGCAACUUUAGGAAUGUUUACAGCCAAAGAACAGGUUAUUGUGAAGAUGGCAGAGCUCCCUCCUUCAGGAGAUAUGCAUCUACAUGCACGAGCGAUGUUUCGACAAGGUGCUGUCACAAGGUGUCCAGGGAUUACCUCCAGCUGCACACAACCAGCUAACCAGAAGUACAUGUCUCGGGAUCGCCCCUCAACAGUCAACAUCAUGCAUCGCAAUGUGCUUGAAGUCACAAACCUGAUCCGGAAAUGGCCCCAGAGCUUCAAGACGACACAUUGUAUUGCUCAAACUCUCUCACAAGGCAGCAUUGUUGGUGGGUUUACAUCGGCCUUCAGUGGGAUAUCUAUCAAUGAGAAGCUGAAGGUUAAUAUCCUUCAACAUUGGGGGUCGUUGGUCCGGUUUUGCCGUGACUCAACAGAUCGAUACAAGUUGAUGUACCUCUUCGGGCCAAUGUCAUUCCAUCUCGACGCAAAUAUGCCACUUCUUCGAACCCUUGUUGCUUCCGCGGUAUUCAGUGAUCUGAAGGAUCUUGAAUUACCCAAAUGGGAUGAGUUUGAUCAUUUCCAACCGAAUCAGGCACCACAGCUUGAUUACAUUCUGCAUCUGCUGAAGCCCUACAGAGUUACUGCGCCGGAGAACGAUGCGAUGGGCUUGGGACAGUAUUCGAGUGGAAAACUAUUACGCAAGUUGCAAAUCGAGCAAGCGAAACACGAAGCCAAAGUUGAAGAUGAUUGCAAGUACUUGGCCAACUACCUCCUCAACCAAUGGCCCUGUCUGGAACCGAAUGUCAGUGGUCUAUCUCGGUCUGUGCUGAUUGACAUCGGGCCUGCGCUGGAAGUCAUUCGUCCCGAGUGGAAACGCCUGUUCAUGAACAAAGAUCUCACUGAGCAUCUCAAAGAGGUCCAGGCAAUUCUUGAUAGACGAAACCUAGAAGACCGAUACGAACCACCUACGGUUCCCUUAUCCGAGGAGACCUACACGGUAAGUAUGCGAGAUGGUACUGAAACCGUCGACCUUCGGCAACUGCUGGCCAGACCGUAUCGUAUUCUUAAGGCCACAACGAGCACGAAUCAAAUUCCUUCUUCAGUCUUGGUGGAUCGGCCAUUUUUGACGGAGAAGGACUUUUUUCCAGGGUUCGGCAAUGCCACUUGGCAAAGAAACACAGGUUCCGUGGCCAACCCCCCUUGGCCUGGUCUCACAAGGCCUCACAAUGCCCAAAUGGAUAAGAGUUUGUCGGAAUCAACUGUGAGGUCAGAAUCCAGUAUGAAAUUGAAUCUCAUAACCCAACGCUUGGAAGCAUCUAGGUCGGCUGUUCGGCGCCGUUAUGCAGCGGACUUCCAGGAGAGUCUCGCCGCCUUCCAGCACACUCCUUUGUCCAGUACUAAAGAGUCGAUGAAAUCUCGAGAAUUUGAGAUCCACUCCAGUCUGGAGAAGGUCGAGGGCUCCUUCGGGGCGAUCUGUACAGCCUUGGAAUCAAGUGGAAUACUCUCACAAAGAAGGAUUUUUUGGCUCAAGGCAGGAAACCUGUGGCCGAUUGUGACCAAGGCUACACUUCUUUCUUGUCUCGGAUCGGCUUCUAAUGUCACACAAUUCGGAAGCGGAAUGAAAAAGGCCAUUUUAGAAAUGGGAGUUGAUAUUACGAAACACCAAAGACUGGUCCGACUUCAUGACCUGGCGUCAAAAAGCGUCUCGGGAAGAUACCACGAAGAGGAGUCCAACGAGGGACAUUCGAAUUGGAAGCCCGAAGAGCAUCCAGAUUGGCUCCUGUUAGAAAUAGAAUCGAACAUGAUGAUCCGACCUGUUCAAGUUGAUGUAGCUUUAGCCACAAUAUCCCCUGGGUCGGGAUCCAAUUCUGUGCUUCAGAUGAACAUGGGCCAAGGGAAAACCUCCUGUAUUAUCCCUAUGGUUGCGGCAGCACUCGCCAACAAGAAACAGCUUGUGCGAGUUAUUGUACCAAAAGCUCUGCUCCAACAAACAGCUCAGCUGUUGCAGGCCAGACUCGGGGGUAUCCUUGGAAGGGGUAUUCGGCAUGUCCCCUUCUCACGUCGAACUCCGACUACCGAGAAAAACAUGCGAGCCUAUCAUUCAAUACACAGAGACAUGCUCAAGUCUGGAGGUGUCAUGAUCUGCCAACCCGAACAUCAGAUGUCAUUCAUGCUUAGCGGCCGACAGCGGCUCCUGGACGAGCAGCCAGCGCAGGCAGGACCGAUGAUUAAGGUCCAAGAAUGGCUCACAAGGGUGUCAAGAGAUAUCCUAGACGAGUCGGACUAUACUCUCGCAGUGAGAACCCAGCUUAUCUACCCAUCUGGAGCUCAGACUACAGUUGAUGGACAUCCACAUCGCUGGCUUGUGGUUGAAGCCGUGCUGAGACUUGUUGAUAACCAUCUGUAUGGUUUAUCAGGAUCUUUUCCUCACUCCAUCAGCGUUAUUCGACGAAACGGGGGCGGAUUCCCCUUUGUCUUCUUCCUCAGGCAAGACGUUGAGGAUGAGCUGGUGCGGAGACUUACAGCAGACAUUUGUCACGGUGCUGGUGGCAUUCUGCCUCUUGCUGAACAGGCAAUGGCAGCUAAAGACAGAGUCGCCGUCAAGAACUUUCUUAUGCAUGGUCGGCCUAACGCUGCGAAUAUAGAGCGGAUCCGGAACCUCUCACCAGACAAGCCUAGCUUGAGACAAUCAGUUUAUCUUCUUCGAGGUCUCCUUGUCAAUCGCAUCUUAAUGAUGACCCUCAAGAAGCGCUGGAAUGUAGAGUACGGCCUCCAUCCGCAUCGCGAUCCUAUAGCAGUGCCUUUUCACGCCAAAGGUGUUCCGAGCGAUCAAUCCGAGUGGGGUCAUCCUGACGUCGCAAUACUAUUCACUUGUUUGGCAUUCUACUAUGAUGGUGUAAAUCUAGCUCAACUUCGACAAUCACUCGAACAUAUCCUCAAGUCCGACGAUCCAUCAACCGAAUACGAUAACUGGACCCAGAGCUCUGAAAAUUUCCCUUCUUCCCUUAAGGCCUGGAACUCAAUCAACGUGGAUGACGAGAUACAGCUUCGAGAGAUUUGGAAGGUCGUGCGGUACAAUGAGGUAGUCAUCGAUUAUUUCUUGAACAACUUCGUGUUCCCACGACACGCCAAGCAGUUUGAGGUAAAGCUUCAGGCGAAUAGCUGGGACAUUCCACUCUCACCCCUAGGAAGCACAACAGAGAACGACAAAGAGACAACAAGCAAACCGCUGAGUACAGGCUUCAGUGGUACCAAUGACAACAGAACAAUGCUUCCUUUGAACAUUCAACAACAAGAUCUGCCGAGUCUUCAUCACACAAGCGCAGAAGUUUUGACCUAUCUCCUUCACCCUCGAAAUCGACAUUGCAUUCUACCUUGGGAUGUGAAAACUCAACACAUGGGGAGGGCCACCGAGAUGGAUCUCCUAUGGUGCCUUCAGUCGAAGUCCAUCCGCAUCCUGAUCGAUGCAGGAGCCCAGAUAUUGGAGAUGGACAACUAUACUCUGGUUCAGCAGUGGCUAAAGAUUGACCAUUUCGCUUUGGCAGGCUUGUACUUUGAUGAAGAAAACAAACCUUGGAUUCUGACCAAGGAAGGAAGAAAAACACCCCUUCUCGCGUCGCCUUUUGCUGAUGACCUUUCAAAAUGCUUGGUAUACCUUGAUGAGGCCCACACCCGUGGCACUGAUCUCAGGCUUCCUCCUAAAGCUAGGGGUGCCCUCACUCUUCGUCUGGGCCAGACCAAAGACCACACUGUUCAAGCUGCUAUGCGUCUACGACAGCUGGGAACAACUCAGAUUGUUUCUUUCUUUGUCCCUCCUGAGGUGCACCAGAGCAUCUCAGACCUGCGAAAAAAGACUAUUCAUGAACCCAUCGACUCAGCCGAUGUCAUCGAAUGGCUUUUGGACAACACAUGUGACCAAAUUGAGCAGCUGCAGCCCUUGUACUAUUCACAGGGCAUGGAUUACUGCCGUCGGAUGCAGGCCGCUUUAGAUCACCCGGACUUCUUGACCGACAAGCCUCAGCGAAAAGCGUAUGUCCAGGCGAUUAAGCAGGACGAACAGCAAAGCCUGCAGAAUCUUUACGAGCCCAAAUUAAAGAACCGCGCCGUCGGCAUGCAGACAUCUAACAACGCGGUUCUGAAAGGCUUUAUUCAUGACCUCAACGCAAGACGCAAAACCUUUCAAGAUACUGGCCGAGCUGUUCAUGCCUCUGCUCUACAGGAAGUCGAGCAGGAGAGAGAGGUUGCCUUCGAGGUUGAAUCGGUGCGACAAGUCAAGAAGCCUCAACACUUUGCUGCUUUCUCUUUCCCAGGUCUCAACGCCAGCCUCGAGGCUUUUAUCAAAACUGGGAGGCUUCCUGCAGAUACGAAUUAUUUCACUCACGUAUUCCAUGCCCUGUCAAAGACAGGAACUGGUCGCAAGUACAAAGUUCAACCGAAUGUAACCAAAUCAAAGUUACUCGAGACGGCCGAGUUUGGCAGAACUAUCAAGCCCAAGGGAGACCUCUCUACCGAUGACUUCUUGCGUCCCGUCAAUUGGAUCAUUUGGAGCUCCGUCGCCGAGAUCGCUGUCAUCAUCACGCCGGAAGAAGCUGAAGCUUUGAUUCCCAUCAUGCGGAACUCAGGUGUCCCCACGCAUCUUCUAGUUUACUCUGCACCAAUUACACGAAAAAUGCUCCGAUUCAACGAUCUAACUUUCCAUAGCAUUCCUUCUCUACCUAAUGACUGGAAAGCUCCAGAAUGGCUUCGGGUUGAGCUGGGAAUCUACGCCGGGCGCUUGUACUUUGAGUGGGACGAAUACGAUGCCAUGUGCUCCUUACUCGGAAUCCAGAGUGGCGAGCUCGGCGACCAUGCACAGGAUGAAGAGCCUACUGAGACUGAUACGGAUGCCGAGACAGAGACAUCUAAGCCACGAACUGACCUCGAACACAAGCUCACCAAAAGUCCUCUAACGUUUCUACAAGACUGGCUAGCAGUCCGUCGCCGUGGGCAGGACUUCGCUCACAGCCCCAUGGGCUUUGUCAGUCAGGGCAAGCGUCUCCAAGAGGACCAUGUCUUCUUCAAGGCAGCAGAAAUAGACAAUGGGAUAUCUGAAGAGACUGUGCUGGCACCAGUUCGAUUGUCCAGUUUAGUUGAAAACGAUGGGCAGGACGAUGAUGGCUACUAUGGCGUCGACGACAUGGGUGCCAACGAGGCUGGAGAUAGUGACUCCAGCGACGACGAUAAAAUCGAGUACGACGAGUCCGAGUAUGCCAGCGCAUCAUCAACCGAUUGA